AUGUCUUUUGAUUUGUUAAUAAUAUGCACACAUCAAAAUAUUGUCGAAUUUGGUUCUUUGCAUAGUUCAACUCCUGAUGUAACCAUUACAUUAGAUAUUAAUGAAACCACCUAUAUUGAUCAAUUAAAACAUGCCAUAUACGAUUACUUGAAAAAAGUGAAAAUGAGUAACAUGGAUAACAUUAGUGGUAAUGAUGUCUUAAAUUUGGGUGUUUUAUAUACUGAAGGCAUUAUGUUCUCGUUGAGUGAAAGAAAAGAAAUUUAUAGAUUGAUUAUAUCCUAUUUUAAGUUCAGAUUUAUAGAAUUUAUACCUAAUCCCUUGUUAUAUUGUUUUGGUAAUAAAAUCUCAAAUGCUAUUAUUAUUGAUAUAGAAUAUGAUAUGAUUAUUGGAACCCCUAUCUAUGAAUAUAUUUUGCUUGAUGAAUAUAUAUCUGUCUCAACUAGGUCCAUACAAGAUAUAGCAGGUAGGAAUCAAAAAGCUGUAUGUACAAUAUUAUUUGGCGAUGAUAACAACAAUACUAAUAAUGACAACAAUAAGUCAUCAUAUCACAAUUGUAAUUAUGAGUCAAAUGAUCAGUCCAUAUGCAUGAUAGUUGCUAAACUUCAAAGAGUUUUACCAAUUGAUAUUCGUAAAACUUUGACGCAGAAUGUUGUGCUCAACGGUUACUAUAAGACACUGUUAUUAGACUAUUCUCAGCAUAUAGACAUUUCUUUUAAUGUUAAUUCAAAGUUAGACAAGUCUCUUUGGUCUUGUUCAUUGAUAUAUGGAAUGCAUCUAAUGGAAAACAAAUGUUUAUCCAAUGACUUUCAACCACUGGGCAGUUACUCAACCAAUAGAAAUUUAGAGGCUCUUGAUUGGUAUCAAACAAAUUAUAUUUCUAAAUAA